GAGUACAUGAGCGACGCAACCCAGCAGUACUACUACCAAAAGAUCAAGGAAACGGGUUCCCUCGAGAACGAUGUUGACAACUUCUGGCUUAAUCUGUUGCCAGAUUACUUUCAGAAGAAGCUAAAGUACGGCAUCGAGCAGGAAGCGCGUGUGCUUCCAACUGUCACCAAGCAGCGUGCCGACUGGACCAUCCGUUAUAUCAAGAAUGGCGAUCCGAAGAAGGUGAUCCUCAUGGAAGACAAGCGUAAAGGAAUGGAGAGUCAGACCCAACAUUGGGCGCUCGCCCUCGACCAACUCACCAGGUACAUGACAUUGGUACGCACUGAACCCGGUCAAGACCCCACAAAAACUCUCUACGGCGCCGUCAACAUAGGAACCUACUCCCGAUUCUACCAACUGGAUCCGUACGCGCAGCAAUGCAUCGACUAUCCUGGCACGAACGGGAGACACUACGAGCUCGCAAAGGAUGAGGCGGAGAUACAUGCGAUUCUGCUAGACUUUGUUCGGAAGACGUCACAC